AUGCAUAACCAUGAUGUUGAAAAGCGAGCUGGAGCGGUAGAUCCGCCCCUCGUCGAUGAGAACGGUGCCGUGCCCGCAACAAGCUUCGAAUAUGGGAACUCAGUCUACGCGAAGCUGCAAAGACUCGGUGGGAAGAUCAAGGUGGAACAACGAGGAAUUGAGCGCGUCCCGGACGAUGAGAGAACUGAUAACUCUUACUGGAAUAUUGGCUCAAUGUGGCUCGCUGCGAACAUGGUUGUUCCCUCUUUCACUAUCGGGGUCCUUGGUAGACCACUGUUUGCUUUGGGAUUCGUGGAUUCAGUCCUGGUUAUCAUCUUCUUCAACUUCAUUGGCGUGUUGACAGUUUGCUUUUUCUCCACGUUUGGUGCAGCUUUUGGAUUGAGGCAGAUGGUGCUUUCGCGCUUUUGGUUUGGCUGGUGGGGAGUUAAGCUAAUUGCUCUUUUCAACGUCUUGGCAUGUAUCGGAUGGGCUGCAGCCAACAUCAUUGUCGGAGCCCAAUUAAUCAACGCAGUAAACCCAGAUGUCCCAGGCUACGCAGGAAUCCUGAUUAUCGCAUUCUGCACCCUGCUCGUGGUAUUCUUCGGCUACCAAGUCGUGCACGCAUACGAAUACUGGAGUUGGAUCCCGACGUUCAUCGUCUUCCUGGUCGUUAUCGGUGUCUUCGCCCACUCAGGAGAUUUUGUCAAUAUUCCGAUGGGAGUCGGAAAAGCAGAAAUGGGGGCUAUCCUUUCCUAUGGAUCCACGGUCUUCGGCUUCGGCACCGGCUAUACCAGUUUCGCAGCUGAUUACACUGUCUACCAACCAAGCGACCGUUCACGUCGCAAGGUCUUCCUCGCAACAUGGCUGGGUAUCUUCCCAACCCUGCUUUUCACAGAGCUACUAGGAGCCGCCCUCGCGACCGCGAUGGCAAUUGACGGAGGCGACAAUGCCUAUCAGCACGGAUACAACGAAUCAGGGAUUGGUGGUUUGUUGGGAGCUCUUCUUUUCCCUCGUAUCGGGGGCUUUGGAAAGUUCUGUGUCAUCAUUCUGGCUUUGUCUAUUGUUGCCAAUAACUGUCCGAAUAUCUACUCUGUCUCUCUGACGCUCAUGGUUAUGGGAAGAUGGACUCGCCAUGUGCCGCGCUUCGUGUGGACCAUUGUUGCGACAGCGGUUUAUAUUGCUAUCGCAAUUCCGGGAUACAGUCACUUCGAAGCUGUUCUGGAGAACUUUAUGCACUUCAUUGGUUACUGGUUGGCGAUCUAUGAGGGAAUUGCGCUAACAGAGCACUUCGUGUUCCGGCGUGGUUUCUCUGGGUAUCGUCCAGAGGACUAUGAUACUCGUGAGAAUCUUCCGCCGGGUAUUGCGGCGCUCUUGGCAUUCUGUUGUGGUGUUGUUGGAAUGGUGACUGGGAUGAGUCAAUCAUGGUAUGUUGGGCCUAUUUCACGGAGCGCGGGAAUCCCAUCUAUUGGAGGCGAUGUUGGGUUUGAAUUGGGCUUUGCAUUUGCUGCUGUUUCUUAUGCUGUCCUAAGGACCGCUGAGAAGAGUUUCUUCAAGAGAUGA